CGUAAAGCUAGCUGUUCAGCCCGGGUCAUUCUGCGCUGUCAGCUCCACUGCAUGACGCUACCGCUGCAAACAACACGCCUGCGCCGUUAAAUGACGCUCAUUCACCGAAUAUGUAGCGCUUUAUCUUCAAAUCCUCGGGUAAAUAUGUAUUUAUAGGCAUGGCAAACAUUUAAGCGCUUAUAUAUUCUGGUUUAGAAGAGCAAAACGGGUCAUUCUCAAGGCCACGGAUGGAACCGGGGCAGCUGCGUGAGAACCCCCCCGGAUCCGGGGAGCCUGAGUCAGGGGAGUGGAGAGAGGAGAGCGCCGGGGUGGAGGCUGAGAAGAGGGACGACACCCUGAAAAACAGAAGCGGGGACGGAGGAAACGAGGAAGUUACGAGCAAAACCGAGAACACUGAGGUGGUGGAGAAAGAUAAGAAUGAGUUUGAUGAAGAUGAGGGGCAGUAUGAGGAAGAGCUGGACCCCAGGAUUCAGGAGGAGCUGGAACACUUGAAUCAGGCCAGUGAUGAGAUCAACAGACUCGAACUACAGCUGGACGAAGCGAGAUCCAGCUACAGGAGGAUCCUUACAGACUCGGCACGCAAACUUAACGCUCAGGGCUCUCAGCUGGGAGCCUGCAUUGAAAAAGCCAGACCUUACUACGAAGCCCGGAGACUUGCUAAAGAGGCUCAACAGGAGACUCAGAAGGCGGCGCUAAGGUACGAGAGGGCUGUCUCAAUGCACACGGCUGCCAGAGAGAUGGUUUAUGUGGCUGAGCAAGGUUUAUUGGCUGACAGAAACACUUUGGACCCUACCUGGCAGGAGAUGCUGAACCACGCCACAGCCAAGGUGAACGAGGCAGAGGAGGAGCGUUUGAGGAGCGAGAGGGAGCACCAGCGUGUCACUCAGCUUUGUCAGGAAGCAGAAGCACGUGUGCAGACUUUGCAGAAGGCUCUUAAGAGGGUCAUUAUCAAGUCCAAGCCUUAUUUUGAGCUCAAGGCUCAGUUCAACCACAUCUUAGAGGAGCACAAGUCCAAAGUCGUUCAGCUGGAGGAACGGGUGGCGAAGGUGAAGACCCGAUAUUCUGUCGCCCUUCGCAACCUUGAGCAAAUCAGCGAGCAGAUCCAUGCGCAAAGGGGACGCAUUCGCGCCACCAGAGAGCGCAACAGGGUUCGUGGGGGGCGGAGCUCUCCAGUCGGGGCGGAGUCUGAGGGUAUAAUUCAGUCAGGGGCAUAUGCAGGGGUGGUGGCCAAUCCUUUAAUGGAUAAUGACUGGGCUGAUCAAGAGAAAACCCGGCAGUGGGUGGAGAAACACAGGGAGGCGGGGUGGGGCCAUAGAGAGAGAGUGGAGAAGGCGGGGUCAGACUCCAUGUCAGUCAUAAGUCUGCAAACCAUUGCCUCCGAUCUGGAGAAGUUCGAUUCUGUGGAGCACUUGGGCGACCUGAGUGAUGUCGGAAGUAUAAUAGGUGAGGAGAAAGAAGCAGAGAGUGAGAGAGGAUUUAGGCCCGAAGACAGAAUAGUAGCGAGAGAGGUGGCGAACCUUUCGGGACAGGAUGCAGAUAAAGGUGCCUCAGGGACAGACAGACAGCAGAGAGAUAGAGAGCGGGAGAGCUUUGUGAAGCAGCACCACAGAAGUGUUAGUUUGUGAGGAAGCAGGAAAUUAGAGUUGUCUGUUACUCCACCUCAAUCCUGGCGGGCUAAAGCUUGCCUGCAGGCUUCCAAGCGAGACUCUCAAUUGACUACAAAUGAAUCAGACCGGAAAACACUCUGUAUUUGCUUAAAGGUGAAGUGUGUAAUUUCAGUGCUACUAGUGGCACAAAUGGAACUGAAAAAACAGACUCUUUUUAAACAGGUUUCCCCCGAAACACUCACCCAUCUGCUAUUGGUUACAUAAAUAGAUGGUCCCACCCCUUAACUUAUGCCAUUGGCUGAGCCGAUGUUUCUGUGUCGGGCUGGUUGGGAUGCUCAAAAAGAGUUUGCACUUUUCAAGGAAAGUCAAUAUACAAAUGGUUUCAUUAUAGUUGCCCAUUAGGUUGAGAUAGGAGAAUGUGGGAAAAAAUUGCACACUUCAUCUUUAAAGGGUUAGUUCUCUUUCGUUCAUCUUCGUAACACAAAUGAAGAUAUUUUGGUAACACUUUACUUAAGGCCUUUAUGUAUAAUGCAUUGUAAAAAAUUUUUUUAAUGCAU